UGCGUGUGCCGCGUGCACGUUGGUCAGUUGCAUGUUUCACAAAGGAAGUGAAAGAAAAGCAGCUGAGGAAGUUGAUAAAAGAGGAAGCUGCGCUGUGUUGGACACAUACGUGUGCGCAUGGAGGAUGCGCUGAAGGCCCUCCGGAGCUAAGUCCACACGAUCCAGCGAGGAACCCCCUCUGCGCACGGGAGACUUCAUCCUGCUGGUCUAGUUUUGUGAGGAGACAAGCGUCCAAAAGCCAAGAUGGCUGACGCUGUCAACACACUGCCGUUCUUCUACGGUAACAUCACCAGGGAGGAGGCAGAGGAUUACCUUCGGCAGGGAGGCAUGAGCAACGGGCUGUACCUGUUACGGCAAAGCCGGAAUUACCUGGGAGGCUUCGCCCUUUCUGUCGCCAAUGCAAAGCACUGCUACCACUACACCAUCGAGAAAAAGCCCAACGAGAUGUACGCCAUCGCUGGAGGCAAGAGUUACAGGAGCCCAGUGGACGUGAUAGACCACCACUCCCAGGAGAGCGACGGCCUGGUGUGUCUCCUGAAGAAGCCCUGCAACAGACCCAAGAACAUGCAGCCGAAGGUUGGACCCUUCGAGGACCUGAAGGAGAAGCUGAUCCGAGAGUAUGUGAAGCAGACCUGGAACCUGCAGGGGGCGGCCCUGGAGCAGGCCAUCAUCAGCCAGCGGCCCCAGCUGGAGAAGCUCAUCGCCACCACAGCGCACGAAAGCAUGCCCUGGUUCCACGGAGCCAUAAGCAGAGAGCAGUCUGAGGCCCGGCUGCAGAGCGGCUCCCGCAGCAACGGAAAAUUCUUGAUUCGGCAGAGGAACGAGAACGGUUCCUACGCUCUGGGUUUGCUGCAUGAAGGAGAGGUGAUCCACUAUCGCAUCGACAGAGACAGGAAGAACAAGCUCUCCAUCCCAGACGGAAAACAGUUUGACACUCUGUGGCAGCUGGUGGAGCACUACUCCUACAAACCGGACGGACUGCUGCGAGUCCUCACCGAGCCCAGCCCGCGACAGGACGGGCAAGCUGGACUUAUAGGACGACCCUCCCUUCCAGCAAACCACCCGUUACCAGGGAACACGCUUCACAACGUGGCAAAUGGAAUUUUCUCAUUGGUCAAGGAUGCAACUGGACUUGUCAGGAAAAAGGUACAGCACACUCGGGGAUCUCGAAACAGCACCACAGACAACACAAACCCCUAUGAAACCCGAGUUCCUGCCAAUCAAGCGGCCAGCAAAGAGGCCAUGCCCAUGGACACAGAGGUGUACGAGAGUCCUUAUGCAGACCCAGAUGAACUCAGAAGCUCCACAGUUGAUCGCAAGCAGCUCUUCCUGGAGGACGGAGAGCUGGGGUCAGGGAACUUCGGAACCGUCAUGAAGGGCAUUUACAAGAUGAGAAAAUCAGAGAAACCCGUUGCCGUGAAGAUCCUAAAGAACGAUGACGACAACCCGUCUGUGCGUGAGGAGAUGCUGCGAGAGGCCAACGUCAUGCAGCAGUUGGACAACCCCUACAUCGUCCGGAUGAUCGGGAUCUGCGAGGCGGAGAACCUCAUGCUGGUCAUGGAGCUGGCCGACCUGGGCCCGCUCAACAAGUUCCUGCAGAAGAACAAGUAGGUGCCCAUUUGCAAA